AUGUCGAGUAGAAGGAAAAUUUCACGUUGCCAGAAGGUUGAGAUGAAAAAGAUUAGCAAUGAGAGCAACCUGCAAGUGACUUUCUCGAGGCGCCGUAGCAGGCUCUUCAAGAAAGCUAGUGAGUUAUGCACUCUUUGUGGUGCAGAAAUUGCUCUUGUUGUUUUUUCACCUCGUGAGAAGGUAUUUUCUUUUGGUCACCCCAAUAUUGAUACAGUAAUAGAUCAUUAUCUCUCGUUGGUCCCACCUCAAAACAAUGACAUCACACGAUUCAUUGAGGCUCAACGUAGAGCUAAUGUGCAUCAGCUCAAUAUUGAGCUAACUCAGAUCAACAAUAUGUUGGACAAUGAGAAGAGGCGUCAUGAUGAGCUGAGUCAUGUACACAAGAUGUUUGAGGAUCAGUAUUGGUGGGUUUGUCCCAUUGAUGAGAUGAAUCAGGGUGAACUUGAAUUAUUCAAGAACGCAUUGAAGGACCUUAAGAAACAAAUUGUUAUACAUGCUGAUAUGCUUGUAAUUCAGGGUCCUCUUACCCUAACCCUACCAUUUUUUCAGAACCCUAUGUUGCAACCCCAUUUGUGUGGUUUCAACAAUAUGGGAGGAGGAAGAGGAUAUGACCCUCUAGAUUCUUUUGAUUCGAGGGUUUAG